UUUUUCAAUGUCAACACAACUAUUCAUGAAAAGCUGUACAAAUGACUCAAUAAAAAUUAUUGGUUAUUCUUUUGUAACAUUCAUAUUAUUAAAUUAUGUAACUCCUAUUUGUGCUACUUCUUUAACAACAUUUUAUAAUAAAUUAGAUAAAAGAAAAAAAGCCAUAUGGGAUAACACGUUUGUUAGUUACAUUCAUGCUUGGAUAUGUUCGAUUAUAACCCCAGUAUGUUUUUAUUAUUAUCCUCACGCAUGGCAUGAUAUGAUAUACGCGGAUGUAUCAUUAUGUAGAUUUCAAAUUGCCCUUUCUACUGGUUAUUUCUUUGCUGAUAUGUUUGACUUUUGGAUAAAAAAUAUUUUUAUGGAUUCUCCUGGGAUUUGGUUUCAUCAUGUUGUGGUCAUUACGACAUUUUUUGCAUCAAUUGUAACUUGUCAAUUUUCACCAUAUUUAGUCGCAACGUUACUUGUUGAAAUAAGUAAUGUCUUCCUUCAUCAAAGGAAACUUUAUCUUACCUCUUUCAAGACAAAAUCAACUUCUUUUUAUAAAAUUAAUUCUUUAUUACUCCUCUUAACUUUUAUUUUUGCAAGAUUCACUGUUCACGGUUAUCUAACUAUAAGAGUUUGGAGGGAAUAUAAACUUUUUGAAAAUAUUGCUUAUUGGAGAAUUGCAUUCUUGGGUAUGAUUGCCAUGAAUGUUCUAAAUUUGCAAUUAUUCUUACAAUUAUGGAGUGCUGAUUGGA